AUGUCGACACUAAUGCAAGAAAUAUCUAAAUCACCAUCUCGUGAAAGAGAAAACAAAGAAUCUGAAAUUUAUGAUGAUAAGUUAGAUUCAAAUAUUGUUUGCGAAGAAGAAGCACCUAGGACUGCAAUGACAUUUAGUUCUGAAGAGGAAGUUACCUUGUAUUAUAUGAAUUAUGCUCGACAUAUGGGUUUUGGAAUUAGUAAAAUAAGUUCGAAAAAUGGAGAUGAAGGAAAAAAAUAUUUUACUUUAGCAUGUAGUCGUGCAGGAAAGUAUGUGAGCAAUCCCAAGAAUGUUUUGAAACCAAAUCCUAUCACUAAAACACAAUGUAAGGCAAGACUGAAUGCAUGUAUAUGCUCGGAUGGAACAGUUGUUGUUUCAAGUGUUAUUCUUGAGCAUAAUCAUGAACUUAGUCCAACCAAAGCACGGUAUUUUAGAUGCAACAAGAAUUUGGGGUCUCAUAUAAAAAGGAGAUUAGAACUUAAUGACCAGGCAGGAAUCAAUGUGAGCAGAAAUUUUAGGUCUCUGGUUGUUGAAGCAAACGGGUACGAGAAUCUAACAUUUGGAGAAAGAGAUUGUCGAAAUUAUAUAGAUAAGGUAAGACGUCUACGACUUGGGACAGGAGACGCUGAUGCAGUACAAAACUAUUUUAUUAGAAUGCAAAAGCAAAAUAAUCAGUUUUAUUAUGUAAUGGAUUUCGAUGAUGAAAGUCGUUUGAGAAAUGUAUUCUGGGCAGAUGCGAGAAGUAGGGCUGCAUAUGAAUAUUUUGGUGAAGCUGUAACCUUUGACACCACUUAUUUAACAAACAGAUAUGACAUGCCUUUUGCUCCUUUUGUUGGAGUAAAUCAUCACGGUCAAUCUGUGUUGUUGGGUUGUGCGCUAUUAUCAAAUGAGGAUGCUAAAACUUUUACUUGGUUGUUUACAACGUGGCUAGAGUGCAUGCAUCAACGUGCACCAAAUGCCAUUAUUACUGACCAGGAUAAAGCAAUGAAAAAUGCAAUUGAAAUUGUCUUUCCAAAAGCUCAUCAUCGAUGGUGUUUAUGGCAUAUAAUGAAAAAGAUUCCAGAAAAGUUUGGCAGGCACACAUAUUAUGAGUCUAUUAAAACACUUUUGCAUGAUGUUGUUUAUGAUUCAUUGAGUAAAAGUGUUUUCAUGGAGAAAUGGGAAAGAAUGGUUGAAUCUUAUGAACUACAUGAUAAUGAAUGGUUGAAAGGGUUAUUUGAUGAGCGGCACCGUUGGGUUCCUGUGUAUGUGAAGGACACAUUUUGGGCCGGGAUGUCAACCACACAAAGAAGUGAAAGCAUGAACUCAUUUUUUGAUGGGUAUGUAAACUCAAAGACAUCACUGAAGCAAUUUGUGGAGCAAUAUGACAAUGCAUUAAAAGAUAAGAUUGAAAAGGAAAGCACUGCUGAUUUCAAUUCAUUUAAUAAAGUAAUUCCAUGUUUAAGUCAUUUUGGCUUUGAGUCUCAAUUUCAAAAAGCAUUUACUAAUGCAAAAUUUAAAGAAUUUCAACUAGAGGUUCCUGCUAUGAUGUAUUGCAAUACUUUGUUUGAGAAAUUGGAUGGUGUGAAUUCAAUAUUUAGUGUGAUGGAAAAUAAGAAAGUAUAUGACAAAAUGAAAGACAUCGAGUUCAAGGUGUCAUUCAAUGAGAAAGAUUUUGAAUUACAAUGUACAUGUUGCUUAUUUGAGUUUAAAGGUAUUUUGUGUAGACACAUCCUUUGUGUGCUUCAAUUGUCACGUAAAACAGAGUCAGUGCCGCCUUGUUAUAUGUUUUCACAGUGGAGGAAGGAUAUAAAGCGAAAACAUACACUUAUUAAAUGUGGUUUUGAUAACUUGACUGGAAAUGCUGAAUUCCAGCGUGUUGGUAAGGCUUGUGAUGCCUUUUACGAAGUUGCUUCUACAGAGAUAAAGACCGAAGAAGAAUUAUUAAAAGUUAUGGAUUGGAUCAAGGACUUGAAAAUAGAGUUAACUUGUAAAAAGUCAUCUCCAAGAAUUAGAGAAGAAGAUGGUUCAAUUCCAAAUCAAGUGUCUAGCAUUCUUGACCCUGUAGAGGCUCGAAGAAAAGGACGUCCUCGUGAAAAAAGAAAGGCUGCUAAAGUUGAUCAAAUUGUGAAGAAGAAACUUGCAAAAAAGAAAACUCAAACUAGCCAAAAGAGAAAAAAUUCCCAAAGUCAAGAAGAGCAUGAGCAUAAUGAUCUUUUGAGUAGUGGAAAUGGUGGUAUAAAUAGCUUAGCUCCAUUUGAUUCAACUCAAGAGCAGAAUGGUGAUGUAUAUCAGUGUGAGCAAAGGUAUCUAUGGAGGACUGAAUAUGGUACUGUAUACAAUUUAGCUCCCUUCAAUCCAAAUCAAGUACAAAAUGGUGAAUUAGAUCAGGUUUCAUAUUAUUCUCAAAACAUAAACCAAACUGCUACUUGUUCUAAAGUUUCACAGGCACAAAACCAUAUGAAAGACCAGCCGCCAACAUUAUGAAAACAUGAAUCAUCGAGAUAUGAGAAGAAUGGUUCAUCCAUCAUCAUAAAGACAUGAAGUUUUAUUUUUCUGUUUUCAUUUGCUUAUUUCAUUUGUAAGGAUUGUGAUGUUAUUGAUGCUAAAAGAUUUGUUAUUUAAUAAUACAAGACUUUGGAGUAAA